AUGUGCUUUCUGGCUGUUUUCAAGCCAAUCAAAUCCUUUAAAGGCUGGCAAUCUAUCGCCACCAGGUCUACAAGAGAAUCUGAAUGCGCCCUGCAAGACAAUCCUAUUGCGAAAGGGUCUUCCUUGUCCUCCCCAUCUUAUUCGAUUCCUGGCAUCAGUGACGUGUCUAGUUCAAUUCCUCCUACUGCAAAGGAUAUGAGUUCUACUUACCAAACCCAUAUUAGAACCGCUGGACAUAAUGACUGUAUAAAAAAGAAAAAGAAAACAAUAGGAAUCAUCCCAGCAGACAAAAAUAUAGUUGCAGAAGCACCUGUUUUGUCCCGAAGUGACUCUGGGAAGCAUGACCUGGCGAGCUCCAAUUUACAUCGGAUGAUAAAUUGUGACGUACCUCUGGCACUCCAGUAUUCGGUGACCUCUUGCAAGAUAAUUAGAGUGGACUGCACGAUAUCCCUGUCUUCCGAGUCUCUUGGCGGUCCCCACCAGACCUCCCACUGUCUUGUCUAUGAUCGCAUUCUAGACACCACAUUCCUCCUUGCUCAUGCAAUGCCUCCACUUUCCCGUCAAAUUUCAUUCGGGGCACUUAGCGAUAUUGCCGCCAUCGAGAACAAUGAUGGGGAGAUUACUCUAUCAUCAGCCCCGAUACUGACCUCAAAUUCCUUCCCUGGUCUGUAUUCUCCUACCGCCUUCCAUACUAAUGUGCUAGGCGGAAAGAGUGGACUGUCCAAA